AUGUCUAAACGUCCCCGAGGCCACUCGGUAUCCUCAUCUCCUUCAAAAGACUCGAUCUCAACAUAUAUUGCUGAAGGAAACGCCACUGAUACUUCUACCGAGCGUGCAAAAUACGUGGUUGCUGAUACAAAAGCCUUGCCCGAGGUGAUGCAUUGCUCCUUACCGCCUCACCGCGAGACACUCUCAUUCACUUCCUACGAGGACUACGAGGUUCAUUACCUUCAGAACCAUGUCAAUCGCUGCUCUGAGUGCAGCAAGAACUUUCCAGUUGGUCAUUUACUCAAUGUACACAUCGAGGAAAACCAUGACCCACUGAUUGCUGCCCGGCGAGCCCGAGGCGAGAAGACUUAUGGAUGCUUUGUCGAGGACUGCGAGCGGAAGUGCUCCACUCCUCAGAAACGGCGUCUCCAUCUGAUUGACAAGCACAUGUUCCCAAGGAGUUACAACUUCUUUAUCGUCAAUGACGGGAUUGACAAACAAAGCUCUAUGCUACGGCCUAUGAACAGUCACAGACGGCGUAUCUCAACAUCAUCUGCACUAGAGGGGAGGCUGCGCCGCCGAAGCUCAGCUUCCCAAUCAAACCCACCCGCCAACAUAUUGCCUGAGAAGAAGACACCAGAUGACAUGGAGAUCGAUGAGCUAGAAAAGUCCAUGUCUGCUCUGAAAUUCGUGCCCACAAGCGUCGCGAGAAACCGAGGCAAAGCUUCUGGCAAAUAG